AUGAGACACAAGAGGGUCUCUCACCUGAACCGUGCUGUAGAGCAUUUUCAGUUGGUUCUGGACCGCUGUUCGGUCGACCAUCCUGACCACGCAGCGGCUCUCACCAACCUCGCGUGGGCCCGCAUUCAAGGCUAUAUUCAAAACGAUCUGCAAGACAUUGAUACCACCACUUCCCUCUUCCGCGAAGCCCUUGCGCUACGUCCGCAGGGCCAUCCCAACCACACACUAUCUCUCUUUCAUCUCAUUGCAGCAUUGAACUGGCGCUACGGCAAGGAGCGCACCGCUGAAUAUGUCAAUCUUCCGAUUGAUGCAUCUGACGAAGGCAUCCAGCUUCGACGAGUCGUGCUCGAGCUCUGCCCUGUGGGCCUGAAAUACCGUCCCAGGGCCCUCGACAGGCUUGCACAGUCACUCUUAACACGGUUUGAACAACGGGGCAGCAUUGAUGAUCUAGAAGAGAGCAUACAACUUCGUCGUGAAGCCGUUUCUCUGUGCCCCGAGGGACAUUCUGACCGUGGUGACUACCUGAACAACUUGGCCGUCUCACUCGAAUCCCGCUUUGAACACCAAGGCAAAUCUCAUGACCUCGACGAGGUCAUCUCCAUGCAUGAAGAAGCGCUGCGCAUGCGUCCUGUUGGGCACAAAUGUCGUGAUUUCUCAUUGGACAACCUAGGGAGCGCCCUCCGCACCCGUUUCCGGAAACACGGUGACGUUGAUGACAUCAACCGAGCUGUCAGCCUCUAUCGCGAGGCACUGAUGUUGUGCCCACCUGGGCAUCCAGGUCGUGGCAUCACGCUUAAUAACCUUGCCCUCACGCUCAAAGAGAGAUAUGACAAAUCGCAGGUCAUCGAGAAUCUUAACGAGGCCAUUGAUCUGUAUCGCGAAUGUCUUCGGAUAAAACUGCUUGAUGAUGAUCUAAAGCACCAUAGAACUCUUUUCAAUUUGAGCGCGGUGCUCUGCUCUCGGUUCACUCGAACUCGGCAGAAUGAGGAUGUCGAGGAAGCUAUUCGACUCUGCCAAGAGUCAUUGGUGAUUUUGCCUUUACUGCACCCGGAUCGACACUUCAGUUUGUUGUGGCUGCAGGAAGCCUAUCUGUCUCGUUACCAGGUACAACACAACCCCACUGAUUUGUCGCUCGCUGUAGAGAACUACAGACUGGCAUCAAGACACCCUACCCAUGGCUUGCCGCAGCGCAUCCUUGUGUCAUAUGAUUGGACUGCCACAGCGGAGCAGCAUGGUGAUGGAUCCGUACUGGAGGCUUACUCAACAUUUUUCGAGCUUCUGGAUGCUCAUUUGGGAAUGCGAUCAUCAACCACCUCACGCCGCGAAGCUGCCACUGACUUCCACUUUGCCAGAUCACUACCUGUAGACGCAGCAUCGUGUGCCAUCCGCAGUGACAAUCUCCGACGCGCGGCCGAACUUGCGGAGCAGGGCCGUGGCCAGCAAUGGUCUCUGGCCUCUCGACUCAAAACUCCAAUUGAAGAACUCGAAUCGGGACAUCCACAUCUAGCCCGCAAAUUUUCGGAGCUGAGCAAGCGCGUUUCCAACGCCGCUCAAGGUUCUGCAGCCAUCACCGACAGAGCUGCUGCUGAUCGAGCAGCAACAGAACUUGCAAGUGGCAGCUCGCAAUGGCCUGACGAUUUUGCUACGGCAAUCCGGCAUACGGCUCGUAUGCGCCCAGAGGAGCCAAGGAAGAAAUUGCGAGUGCUCUUGCGGAUAGUGUGGGACGAGAUCAUGCUACCCAUCGUGAACGUCCUCCAGCAUGACCUGAAAUUGCAGCACCGCUCUCGAAUAUGGCUGUGCCCGACGGCAGCCUUCACAUCUAUCCCUCUCCAUGCAGCUAACCCCUUCCGAAUGAAUGCAGAUCGCUCUGGGAGCGAGUCGUGCCUGGAGGAUCUCUACAUCUGCUCUUAUACACCCACACUUUCAGCUCUUAUCAGAGCUCGGCAGGCGAUGAAGACGCGUGCAACUCCGUCCUUCGCGGCGAUCGGACAAAGUCAACCAGGCGCAGGGCAAGGUGACGUGCUCCCGGCUGUUGACAGCGAGCUUGAGCUUGUCCAUACACUCGUUCCUCCCAACAUCAAGUUCACUAAUAUUUCGAAAGACGAAGCCACGCAAGCAGGUGCGCUCAACGCUUUGCAGUGCAACACUUGGGUGCACCUCGCUUGUCACGGGAAGCAAGAUCUUGAGCAGCCUUAUAACUCAUAUUUCGCCAUGAGAGACAAACCCAUUACGCUACUCGACAUCAUGGAGAAAGAUAUUCCGCACGCCGAGUUCGCAUUCUUAUCGGCGUGUCAUACCGCCGUCGGUGAUGAAGAGAUGCCUGACGAAGCCAUUCACCUCGCAGCUGGACUCCAGUUUUCGGGGUUCAAGAGCGUGGUUGGCACGCUGUGGGGGGUCAGUGACGCUCUCGCAAAACACGUCGUGGAAGCUUUUUACGAGAAGAUGUUUGAAGACCUGGAGGAUGGUGUCAUAGACUGUACGAAGGCAGCUUGGGCACUCAACCGUGCUACAAACGCUGUGAAGACGAAGGUACCGCUCGAGCAGAGGAUGGUUUUCAUUCAUAUCGGUGUGUAGUUCCUGCUGUAUUGCUUUGCUUUCAUCCUGCACGGUUUCACGGGUUCUUUGUAAUGUAUUCUCAUU